AUGGUCAAAUUCUAUUCGUCCUCGGAGACAUACCCAUACCCCUUCCCCGCCGUCACCCUCGCCUACUUCCUGCGCUACCCCAACCCGUACUCCACACACGUGCUCUCCACCGACACCAUCGCGCGCAGCUUCGACCCGGAAACGCAGCGCCUGACCACCAUACGCCUACACCUCAAGCGCUCCAAGCUCCCCUCCGCCGUGCUGAAGCUGCUCCCGCGCUCGCUCCUCGGCGCCUCCGCCACCGGCGACACGCAGACCUUUAUCCUCGAGAAGUCCGUCGUGGAUGUCAAGGAAGGCUGGAUGGACACGGAGUCGCGCAAUCUCGAGUGGACAGGCGUUUUGAGCGUCGUCGAGCGCCAGAAAUUCAUGCGUCCAGACCCUGCAAAGCCAUCAGCACUUCACGACGAGGAUAAGAUCUGGCAGGGCAUGGAGACAGCCGCGCGGCGCCAUGGGUUCUUGAACUUCAACAACGGUGCGAAGGUCGAGGAUUCGAGCGAAACAACGGAUGUGGUGAGUAGCGUGACCCUUCAUUCGCACAUCGGCGAGACGUGGAAGAAGAAGCGUGAAGCCGCUGCCUCCGCCUCCGCCCCCGCCGAAGACGAAGCGCCCCCGAAAAUGGGCUUUCUACGUAGCUGGGGCACCCAAGCUCUACAACGCAAUAUCGAGAAGAUUGGUCUCACGCGUGCUCAGCGCAGUCAGCCGAAUGCGCGCGAGGGCAUGAAAGUUGUGCUGGAGCGCAUGCGUGAGGGCGGGCUAGUCGCAGUGCUUGAGGGCAUGCGGAAGGAUCGCGAAGCCAUACUGGCUGGGCGACCACUUGCCGUGCCAUCUCGGACGGGCAAUGAUGACGAAUGAAAGAGUACGAUAUAUGUGUGUUUUCGGUUUUAGCGAUGGCGUUUUGAAGGGUGUAGGUGACUCUCCCAUAUAUUCCCGUUUUCUUGAGAUGGAUGUAACAUAGUCAGCGAGCGGAAGGUCUUUUUUCCACGUGAAAAGCAACAAUGUAGCAUUAUCCAGCAAGUAGGUCAAGUCAAAACCUUAAAAGUAAAAAAUUCCAUAAGACUCAAGGAAAA